AUGCGAUUUAGUGGUAACGAUGAAUACAAGCAAUCAGAAUUUACCAAUAAAGCAGGAGUAGGUGAUGACGAGUGCGAGAACGGUGCAGAUAAUCCCAUCAUCAAUCGUACAUAUUCGCGACCAUCAACACCCAAAAAAUCCUCCCCGCCCACACCCUCAAGAACACGACGUCAUUCUUUAAUACCAUCAGAAGAGAAGUAUAAUAAUCUAUCUUCACCACCAAAGGGUGUGACUUACACUAUGCCAUUAACACCCAACAAGAUUGUUACCACUGCAGAUGCUGCCGCUGUGCUGGCCGCUUCAUUGUCACCUCAUAGAGACAAUUACAUGAACUAUGAUAGUAGAAAGUUGCAUUAUCAAUCUCAUCCAUACGAAAAGCCAAAAAGACAAUUAAGGCGUAGCAGUAGCCUUAGCUUCAAUCAUUCUAAUCGCCAAACAUCUCCGAAUCAAACAUCUACUAACCCAGCUAUUGAUGUUGCAGAAGUGUUAGCCACAACAGUUUCUUUUGUGCGAGAGAAUAAUAGGAAAUUAGAUCGGCUUUCAGACGAGGUUAGAAGCGACGGACAAAGCAGUGAGAACGAUAUGGACUCAGACGACAGUAUGGAUUCAUGGCAACCAUCUAGCGGGAGUAGAAAAGAGAUCGAAAAUGAAAUCACUAAGUUGGCUGCUCAAUUGGAUUCAAUGAAACAAAAAUAUGAGGAACAAAUCCGCGGUAAAAACAGAUUAAUAGAAGAACUCGAAUAUGCCUUAAAAAAAAGUGAAAAAGAUGGUAGAAGGAAACGUACCGAGAUUGAACGCUUAGAAAAUCAGAUCGAAGCUCAAAGGAGAGCAAUAGAUGAGUUGGUCGAACAGCAAAAUUUGAUCACUCAAUCUCCUGAUCUUGAACAAUCUGAAACUUUUCAACAUAUUGAACGAGAAUUAGAAGAAAAGAAUAAAAUUAUUGAUGAGCUUGAAUCAAGGAUCCAAGUCACUUCUGCACAUCAUGUAGCUGAAUCUAGAGAGAAAGAAAUGAAAUUGGAGUUGAUUUCAAAUCAACUUUUAAAAUAUCAAACUCUUGAAGCUCAAUGGGUUGACAAACAAAAAACUCUUGAAUCCUUAUCUUCACAGUUAGAAGUUCUCAAAAAAAGAGAGGUUGAACUUAAUGAAAAAAACUCUCUAAUUGAAUCACUCAACAUACGCUUAGAUACUUCUCAAAAAGUUAUUACUGAGUUGAGAGAAAAACAUGCGCCACAUGACCUACUAAGACAGCUUCGCCAAAAAGAUUAUAUAAUCGACAACCUUACUCAACGAGUUGAAGAUAUUGACGCUGAUAUGAAAGAUAAGGAUGAUCAAAUUGAGGCCCUUGCUACAUGUCUGGCUGAGGAGAAAAAACAAAAUGAAGAUUUAGAAGAAGAACUCUCACAAAUUGAUCCAUUAAAAAAGCGUAUCGAAGAGGUUGAAGAGAUUAAUUAUGAACAUCGACAGCAACUUGAAAAAAAGGAAAAAUUGCUUGCCGAUCUCGAGAGUAAAUACAAAGAAGCAUUAAAAAACUCUUCCGAUAACGUUGAUAAACUCAAAGUUCAAGAACAAACUAUCAACGCUCUUCGUCAAGAAGUCACUCAACUUAAGCAAGCUAUGACCGUUCAAGCCUCCGAGGUACGUGAUAAAGACCGAUGCAUCACAACUCUUCGAGAUGAAACUGCUCAUAUGCGGUCAAAUUAUCAACAUCUUAUUAAUGCACUUACUGAGAAAGACCAACGGAUUACAUAUUUUGAGCAACAAUUUGAAAACGUCAAGAAUCUUCAGAAUGCAGCAAAGUCCGAAUCACAGGAAAAAGAAACGAAAAUCAAUAAAAAUGAGGUUCGAUUAAAUGCUUUACAAAAAGUCUUAAACAAUAAAAUCGAGUCUUGUAGAGUUUAUGAAAAAAAGAUUGGUGAUCUAGAAAAGGAUCUUGAUAGUCUAAGAAAGCAAAUGGAAGAAUCAAAAACAUCUAGUUCCGAAAAAGAGAUUAAAAUCACCAAACUCGUCAAAAUGAACCGUCAACUUAAAGAGGAGGUAACUGAACUUAAAGAAAAAAUGGAAGCGAAGGAACAAGAAUUAAUUACGAUUAAAUCUCGUAUUCCACAACCUGCUGGAAGAUCUCCAGCAGGUUCUGUCAAAUCAUCAUCCUCUUCAAAAGCUCCUAAAACCAGAGUGUCUUCCAUGUACAGCGUAAGUGGAGGUGAAAGUAGCAGUGAUGAAACGGCGAAUGGAUCUCGCAUACGCAAACAUGCCAGCCUUAGCGGCAUUGAAAGUCCAUUGAGUACUCUUACAACACUUCCAAAAUCUAGGACGCCUACUCCAAAUACUAUUGAUGUUCUCAAAAAGAAACGUGAUGCAACCAUCACACCUAAAAAAGAACCUAGUCCUAUUAAUCGAUCUGCGGUUAACCAACGUAAACGCGAUAUGGUUGUCUUGAAUCAUAUGCUGAGUGGUGUUGCACCCCAUAAAAGACUCAAUACGGACAGUAACGCGGCAAAGAAAAAAUUGACCGGUUCAGUAUCCAGCGAUAGUGAACGUGAUGCAAAAACUGGACCGGCGAAGAGACGGUCUAGUGAUUUGGCCACAAUCAUGGAAAAAAUUCGUAAGGGUGGUGAUGAUUCUAAAGCAAAAGGAACCAGUGCAAAAGUGACCAGGCCUACUAUAGACACAAAAACUCCAAAAUCUCCAGUAAUGACAAGAACCCCUUUAACCAGACCCCUGCCGUCAAAAAAGGAAUAA